UUCGGAAGUGGGCUGAAGCCCAACCAUACUCCGAUCGGAGUUGUUCGGACUAAAAAAAAUUUCCGACUCCGUCGGAAUCGGAGCCCACCCAGUGUCAGUGUCUACUGACUCCUGAGCUCCUCUCUCUCUCUCUAUCUCUCCUGAAACCCUAGCAUCCCUAAACGAGAUCUGUCGCCGCCGGUGACUAGUAGUGACCGUCGCUCAAGCUAUAAGUUCUCAACGGCAGUCUUUUAACAGUUGAUCUUCGGCAGCGUUUCUAGGUUUGGCUCGAUUCUUCUUCAGAUGCGCUGCACAAUCGCUACCCUCAUUCAGAGGACUUCGCUCUCUCACCGUUGUCUCUGCCAAAGGCUAUAAGAUGAAGACCUACAAGGACUGCAAUUGGCACGAGCUUUGGAUUGUUUUUUAUUUUUUAUGCAGUCCACAUUGGCUUCAAAGGAAAAUCUUUCACCUAUGUUCUUUUCAAAGGGAUUUGUCAUAACCAGAAGGAGGCAUCACAACAACAAAAUAGCUUUGGUUUAGGGCAGAAGGAGGCAUCACAACAACAAAAUAGCAGCGCUACAUACAGUCCAUAAAAUUGGACUCCUUUGCAGUCCAAACAUUGGAAAGACGGAAAGGCCCCCAUUUUAAAAUGAACUUGACCCAAAUACCCUUAUUAAUAAAUCAAAAACUCCCAAAAUUUGGAAAACGCAUUUCGGUUCCCUCUCCCUCUCUGCGCCGUGCAUCUGGUCCUCCCACCAUUGACGACUCCUUCACGAGCAAUAACAUUCAUCAAUAAUCUGAAAACAAGUGGAAAAACUUAAGUUAAUUACUAGCAAACAACUGCGUUCAUGCAGAAGUAUAACCCACUGAUUGAAUUUCAUAAGUUACCUGCUACUAGGAUGUGUCAUAUCAUCAUCAUCAACAUUAAAAGGGCAAGAAAACUCGGAAUCAUCAAAAUCAUCGUGGACUCAGAAUCAUCAAAAUCAUCGUGGAAAGACCUGCUGGAGCUUCUGGAAAAUGAAAUCUGUGGUGAGCUGGUAGAUGAUAUCUUCAUUCCCAAAUAUUUUCUGGUCUCAUCUCUCCCAAGAGAAAACAACUGCAACAGGGUGAUGAAAUAUCUACCUGCUCAACUGUUGCACCAAUCUGAUUUGGAUCCACCUGGUUAUCCGACCUCAAAGUACCAGACCUUGUACUUUUUAUGGGAGGAGAUGGAGGCAAAAAUUGCUUGUUGUACAAUGCUGGCCUGGCGAGUUAGCAAGCUUAGUAGCAGAGGGAGGCAGAUGAUCCGGACAAAAGGAAGGUUACUGGGAAAUCCUCAGUUUCAACCAAUCUGAACGUACGCAUGAUUUCUCUCCAUCCCUCAAUCACUCUUACUCACUCGGGCUUUGCUAGACGCAGUCGGCAAAUGCAGUCGGCAUGCAGUCGGUUGUACGGAAUAAAUAAAUAAAAAAUUAUAAAAAUACUUUUUUUUCAUGGUUGUACAGAAUGAAUAAAAAAAAGUUAUA